AGUCGGUGAAGAAAAGUGGAAGGCAUGACCCCCUCGUCAGAUAGAGAGCUCAACGGGCUAGAUAACCCCAGCUUUGUGGGUGAAGAUGGGAGCCACCACUACUCCUUGCCCAAUCCUGCUGCCCAGGGCCCAGAGAAAAUCGGGGUCAAGGGCCGGGACAACAAGUUAGCCUACACCAUCACGGACGUGCCCCCCUGGUACCUGUGCAUCCUGCUGGGCAUUCAGCAUUUCCUGACAGCCAUGGGAGGUCUCGUAGCCGUCCCGCUGAUCCUCUCCAGAGAGCUUUGCCUCCAGCACGACCUGCUCACCCAGAGCCACCUGAUCAGCACCAUCUUCUUUGUCUCAGGCAUUUGCACCCUGCUGCAAGUCCUCUUUGGAGUCAGGUUGCCUAUUAUUCAAGGAGGGACUUUUGCAUUCCUGACCCCCACCCUGGCCAUGCUGUCUCUCCCCAAGUGGAAGUGCCCUGCCUGGACGCAGAACGCCACUCUGGUGAAUGCCUCUUCACCAGAGUUCAUUGAAGUCUGGCAGACACGGAUGCGAGAGGUACAAGGAGCUAUCGUUGUAGCUUCCUGCUUUCAAAUCUUCGUUGGAUUUUCUGGCCUGAUUGGAUUUCUGAUAAGAUUCAUCGGGCCCCUGACAAUUGCCCCCACCAUCACCUUGGUUGCACUACCUCUCUUUGACUCAGCUGGAAAUGAUGCUGGGCAGCACUGGGGCAUAGCCUUCAUGACUAUUUUUUUCAUAGUUCUGUUCUCUCAGUACCUGAAGGACAUCCCUGUACCACUGCCGUCGUACCAGAGAGGCAAGAAGUGCCACUUCUCCCCCGUCUACCUCUUCCAGAUCUUCCCGGUGCUGCUGGGGCUGUCCCUGAGCUGGCUGCUCUGCUACGUGCUGACAGUGACCGACGUCCUCCCUGUGGACCCUGCCGCCUACGGCUACCUGGCACGGACUGACACGCGCGGGGACGUUUUGUCUCGGGCUCCCUGGUUCCGGAUCCCUUACCCAGGCCAGUGGGGAGUGCCAACCGUCAGCUUGGCUGGGAUAUUCGGCAUCCUCGCCGGGAUGAUCUCCUCCAUGCUGGAGUCCAUGGGGGAUUACUACGCCUGCGCCCGCCUGUCCGGUGCCCCGCCGCCGCCGAAGCACGCCAUCAGCCGCGGGAUCGGGGUGGAGGGCAUCGGCUGCCUCCUGGCCGGGGCCUGGGGAACGGGGAACGGCACCACGUCCUACAGCGAGAACGUGGGGGCCCUGGGCAUCACCAAGGUCGGGAGCCGCAUGGUGAUCGUUGCCGGUGCCUGCACCAUGCUCCUCAGCGGCGUCUUCGGGAAAGUCGGGGCGAUGUUUGCCAGCAUACCCACCCCUGUCAUCGGAGGCAUGUUCCUCGUGAUGUUUGGCAUUAUCACAGCAGUGGGGAUUUCCAAUUUGCAGUACACGGAUAUGAACUCCUCCAGAAACAUCUUUAUAUUUGGAUUCUCUGUAUUUGCUGGCCUCACAGUUCCCAACUGGGCAAACAAAAAUAGUGCGCUGCUAGAAACAGGUACCAUCCAGCUGGACCAGGUGAUCCAGGUGCUCCUUACCACUGGCAUGUUUGUGGGUGGACUGCUGGGGUUUAUCCUGGAUAACACCAUUCCAGGAACACAGGAGGAGCGGGGACUCCUGGCAUGGAAGCAUAGCCACAGGGGAGAGGCGGGCAACUCUCAGCUCAUUUCCGAGGUCUACGAUCUUCCAUUUGGCAUAGGCACCAAAUACUGUGCUGUCUCUUGGUUUCGGUAUCUCCCAGCUUGCCCCAAAAGACUACCUGGCAGCAAGAAAAUGGAUGAACUAAAGGCUGCUGGACAAGAAAGCAGUGAUAAAGCAAGCUCAGAAAGAGUCUCGGAGAUAGGUGCUGAUACAAGGAUAUAA